UGCUUGUAGAGUCAGUAGAAUUUUAGUAGUAUUUUGUAUAACUAUGUACCAAAUUGUUGGGUUCUUCCAUCGAAAGCGCUGCCAAACCGCACCAUGCCGGAUAUUGAGAACCAGGAUGCCAUGGGGCUGGGCAAGUUCAUUGCGUGGACCCUGCUAGCUCUUGUAAUCUGCCUGCUGGGCGCCAUUCCGCAAUGGAUGGUGUUGUGUCUGUUUGGAAGAGAUGCCCUGAUAUACACCAUUGCGUGCUUCUUCGUGGCCUUCGUGGUGCUCGUCUGCAUGCAUUUGAUUGAGCUGCUGAAGUACUGGAGGCCCUACAACUAUGUCGCCAUGUUCGUUUGCUACGAACUGCUGACCCUCGGAACUGCGAGUUUCCUGAUGAAUUGGCGUCUGAGUUGGGCCAUUGCGGUGAUGGGCGUGGCUCUGCUAUUCCUUGGAAUCGCGCUGCUAAUUUGUCUCCUUCUGAUUUACACUGGACUUUAUAUGAACCCCUUCAAGCUGGCUGUUGUGGGCGGAAUGCUAUUCGUUCUGGCGUUCUGCAUUGAAAUCAUGAAUGUCUUCCUGUGCUGGUGGUACUGGCAGGAUGUGGCUAUUGGCGUCUUUUUUGUCAGUGUAGCUACUUUGGUCAUCUCCCACGUGCUGAUCACCUACCUCAGCUUCGGAUUCCUGGGCAGAGAUGACUGCUUGCUGGUCGCCAUAGUGCUCUACAUCGCCUAUAUACUGUUCCUCAUCGCCUGUCGCCUUUCCGCCUUCUAUAUCGAGGAAAAUCACUCCAUAACAGCGACCAGUUCAAAGUUUGGUGCAAGCAACCCUGGUCACGCAGAUGAAGAGUUCUCAUAAAACUGUGUGAUGUGUAUAAGCCUGACUGUCUUUUUUCAACUGAUUAUAUCUUAGCCAAUUUUUUAGUAGUGAGUGAAUACUAAAUAGAGUCGUA